AUGCCUGACAUAGCAAUGGGAGCUAAAGAGGAGAUUGUAAAAUGGCAUACUGCAGUAGGCAGGAUAUUUAAACAUAAGCCAUACUUAGAGAUCCAAAGAAAACUGAAUUGGUUUCUGGCAGGAACAGGAGGUGGGGACCCACCUGGAAGCACCCAAGCGCCGCUGUCCAGCUUUCGGUGGCGGCGGCCAGCUGAGCCAGUGCCGUGGCAGGGGCGGACAGCGGCCACGGCGGCGGCGCCUCCCGGAGUGGCCUGCGGUGCUCGGCCUCGCCCGGAAGAUAUCGAGUUGUGCUACAAAGUACUCGAGAGUCAUGGUUAUCAGAGACUGUUACAGACAAUUGCUGUACUCGAGGCUCAACAUUCUCAAGCAGUCCAGGACCUUGAAAGUUUAGGCAGACAUCAGAGAGAAGCACUAAAAAAUCCCAUUGGAUUUGUGGAAAAACUCCAGAAGAAGGCCGAUAUAGGGCUUCCAUAUCCACAGAGAGUUGUUCAGUUGCCCGAGAUUGUAUGGGACCAAUAUACCAAUAGCCUUGGGAACUUUGAAAAAGAAUUUAAAAAUCGCAAAAGACAUACUAGGAGAGUUAAGCUAGUUUUUGAUAAAGUAGGUUUACCUGCUAGACCAAAAAGUCCUUUAGAUCCUCGGAAGCACGGAGAGUCCAUUUCAUACUCUAUGUUGCCUUUGAAUGAUGGUCCAGAAGGCUCACACAUUCGUCCUCAGAUGAUAAAAGGAUGCCUGUGUGGUGAUACCAAACCUGAAACAUGUAACCAAUUGUGGACUGUUGAAGAACAGAAAAAGCUUGAACAACUACUCUUGAAAUACCCUCCUGAAGAAGUAGAAUCUCGAUGCUGGCAGAAGAUAACAGAUGAACUGGGCAAUAGGACAGCAAAACAGGUUGCCAGCCGAGUGCAGAAGUAUUUCAUAAAACUAACUAAAGCUGGCAUUCCAGUCCCAGGCAGAACGCCAAACUUAUAUAUAAACUCCCAAAAGUCUUCAACAAGCAGCCCCCUUAAUAAGCAUCUCUUUAAACCUUCCACUUUCAUGACUUCCCAUGAAACACCAGUGUAUAUGGAUGAAGAUGGUGAUCGAUCCUGUUUUCGUAACCACAUGAACACUGCUACGGAGCAGGCAUCAGAUGAAGAAAGUAUUCCUAUUAUGUAUAAGAAUUUACCUGAAUAUAAGAAACUAUUACAGUUUAAAAAGUUAAAAAAACAGAAACUUCAGCAAAUGCAAACUGAAAGUGGAUUUGUGCAACAUGUGGGCUUCAAGUGUGAUAACUGUGGCAUAGAACCUAUCCAGGGUGUUCGGUGGCACUGCCAGGAUUGUUGUCCAGAAAUGUCUUUGGAUUUCUGUGAUUCUUGUUCAGACUGCCUUCAUGAAACAGAUAUUCACAAGGAAGAUCACCAACGAGAACCUGCUUAUAGAUUCUUCAGCUGA